AUGGCUAGAUUAUUUUUGAUUAAUGGCAAAGAGGAAGUUGUCUUACCCCCUACCCCAGAAGAUGAGUAUGAGGGAACCUUCAGAGUGAAUGAUCUAGGGAUAAUGGAGAAGGAUGAGGACACUGAAAGUGAUGAGGAUAUAGAGAUAGUUCCUUCAAAGGAAGAGCACUAUGGAAUGCUGAUUAGAAGGAAUUUUCAUGCCACACCUAGGGUAGCCAAAUCUGAUCAAAGGGAGAUCAGACUAAGUGUAGGAUUGGAGAUAAGAUUUGUGCAAUGGUUGAAUGAUCAGAUAGGGAACUUAGUGAGGAAGCAGUACUUAGUUAGCUUUAGUAUAGGAUUAUACCAAGAUCAGGUGUUGUGUGAUGUGCUAGAUUUGGAUGCUUGUCAUGUGCUGCUUGGAAGACCAUGGCAACAUGACAGAAGGACUCAGCACGAUGGGUUUACUAAUGUGUAUACUGUGCUACAUGAGGGAAAGAAGAAGAAUCUGUUACUUUUGCCCCCACACAAGACCAUACCCACUUCUAAACCUAAGCAGCCAAGGCAUUUGAUCAGUAGGAAAGGCUGUAAGAAGUUGGUUAGAAGUGGAGACUAUGUCUUCAUUUUGUUUGUCAAAGAAGUAAGUAAAGAAGAGAACCCUAUGCACCCUAGUAUAGUUAAGCAAUUAACUGAGUUUCAGGAUGUGUUUCUUAAGGAAUUACCCAUAGGACUAUCACCUAUUAGGGGCAUUGAGCACCAAAUAGACCUAAUUCCUGGUGCAUCAUUACCUAACAAGCCUACCUACAGGACCAACCCUGAGCAGUCCAAAGAGAUGCAGAGACAAGUGACUGAGUUGAUGAACAGAGGGUUUGUUAGGGAGAGCCUAAGCCCCUGUGUUGUUCCUACACUAUUGGUGUCUAAGAAGGAUGACACAUGA